GCCAUUCCUGCGAACCAUGCAGUUCGUGUAUGUUAUGUUGUCGAGGUCCAUUUCAACUGUUUGACUUAAUAGCAGGCCGAGGCUUCCUGACCCAGGUUUGACGCGUGUACGAUACACCAGUCUAUCUCCUGGUCUCCUGGAAUUUGUCCUAUACUCGCUCUCCUCAUUGAUUGACCGGCCGACUAGAUGCCAUCACGCAAUAACCAAUAGAAGCAUACGCGAUAUGAACAAGAAAUGAAUGGUCCUUGAAUUGAUGCGGUACACCAAGACUCGCAAUGCCUGGAACCCAAUUCCCAUAUCCUCGGAGGUCAUCGAAACCGCCGCUCUCAGCUUUCAAAUCCAAACGAGUGACCUACCAACGAGCACGGUGGCUCACGACGUACGGUCUGCCACUCGUCGGCGUCUGCGCACUACUAGUCUUUCUGCUUUAUUUCACCAGUCGUCCUUCGCAUAGUGGUAGCGCACGCGGAAUUGCCGCGGCUUCCUCUGUUGUCAUUGUUACCACUCUCGAUUUGAAAUCAUCAGAAUCAUUCCGAGAAGCCAUCAAGGACAACCGACGCCGUUAUGCCACUCGGCACGGGUAUGCGACUUUCUUUCCCAACACAACCGACUACGAUCUGGCCUCGUGGCCGCAGAGCUGGAGUCUUGUACCUGCACUACGACACGCUAUGACUCUGCAUCAUGACCGUGCAUGGAUGUGGUAUCUAUCUUCUUCGGCGUUAAUCGUGAAUACUUCGCAGAGUAUACACGAUAUACUACUUGCGCCGCGCAUGGUCGAGUCGUUAGCGAUUGUCAAUCAAUCAAUCGUGCCACCCUACAGUGUAAUCACGACGCACCCGAACAUGAAGGGAGAACAUGUAGAUAUCAUCCUCACACAGGACGGAGACGGGUUGUCAGUGGACAGCUUUUUUAUCCGCACUGGUGAUUGGGCGAAGUUUCUUCUAGACAUGUGGUUCGAUCCGCUCUAUCGGUCUUACGAUUUCGCCGCGGCAGAAAAACAUGCUUUAGAACACAUUGUUCAAUGGCAUAUGACAGUGCUAUCGCGUCUGGUUCUAGUGCCGCAGAAAUUGUUCAAUGCUUACUGGUACGAGAAGGGGAAACCGGUGGGCACUAAAGACGCUGCACUCUACGAAGAAGGUGAUUUGGUCAUCAGCUUCCACGGUUGUCAAUCUGAUAGCGAUCGAAGCUGCGAAGAGGAGAUGAAGCCCAUGAUUUCAAGGUCUCAGGCAAUUUUGUAGCCAAAAGACGUUUUGUGCACCGCCGUCCAGAUCACGAUGCACAUGUGAUAUCGCUGGCCGGUGACUUGAUGUGGGCGAGUUGUGGGUCGAGUAAACUAAAUGCGCGUGGGCGGUGUCGACAAACAGCAAGUCUCUCGUGGGUUUCCACCUGGUCAGCUUGGGCUUGGAUCAUAACGCGCGCAAAGGCCGACGAUCACUCAUAUCUGACAUAAUCACUGCGAGAUUCUGAAUUUGGUGCAAGACGAAAAAUACGAGAGCGUUGUAUGCAAAUGCUGUCCAAACGCCGAUAGGCGCGCUACGCUAAAACGUCGCCAUCAGAUGGUGUUCCGACAUCAUCGCCGGUGAUCAGCCUGAUCAGCAAAGAUCAGCAUUUGUCCUCCCCCAGCCUCGCUCACUCUCUGUCACGCG